AUGGCUGCUACAAAGGACUGGAAGACCAUCGCCGACGAAAAGGCAAGGUCUGUCUUUGACACGAUUCCCAAGGAGUGGCUUCUCCCAGAGUCCUUCAUGGCCGAUGUUGAUGAGACUUCAACAAAGGACGUCACGACUGUGCCACGAGAGUGUGGCAUUUUGACACCAGACGAGGUAGACAUCACGGAGAGCUACGAUGCGACAGAUCUUCUACCCAAGAUCGCGGCUGGUCAAUUCUCAUCAACGGCUGUGGCUACUGCGUUCUGCAAAAGGGCGGCGAUUGCUCAGCAGCUUACUCAUUGCUGCACCGAGAUGUUCUUCGACGAAGCCCUCAAUCGUGCCAAAUUUCUCGAUGAGUAUUUUGCCAAUCAUAAGAAGCCUCUCGGACCUUUGCAUGGUCUGCCAAUCAGUCUCAAGGAUUCCUUCAGCUAUAUCGGACAGCAAACCACUCUUGGCUUUGUGUCAUUUGUGGAGCGCCCACCAGCUACGUUUCACAGCCCUCUGGUCCAGAUCCUACUCGACCUCGGCGCUGUUCUCUAUGUGAAGACAAAUAUCCCACAGACUCUCAUGACAGCGGAUUCUCAAAAUAACAUCUUUGGGAGGACUCUUAAUCCUCGCAACCUAUCCUUGAAUGCCGGUGGUUCCAGCGGUGGAGAAGGUGCCAUUGUCGCCAUGCGCGCUUCUCUGAUGGGUGUCGGCACCGACAUUGGAGGCUCCAUUCGUAUACCGGCUCUCUGCUGCGGUACUUUUGGCUUCAAGCCUACUGCCAGCCGCAUUCCGUACGGUGGUCAAGCCAUCCCAGGGAGGAUAGGAUCCCCCGGCGUCCUUGCGGCCGCUGGCCCCCUGACGACAUCUUUCCGAGACAUGCGCCUCUUCAUGGACACUGUCAUUGCGAAACAGCCAUGGCUCUACGACCAUAGCGCUCUCCACAUGCCAUGGAGGUCCGUCCCGGAAAAGCAAGUCCUCAGGAUCGGUGUGUUUCCUGCAGACCCGGCUUUCCCCCUGCAUCCUCCUGUGGAGCGGGCCAAGAGAUCAGCGUUGGAAAAGCUCAAGGCUGCAGGCCAUAUCGUCGUCGAGAUCCCGACCGCUCCUAGUAUCGAAAAGGCCAACCACGAGAUUAUGGACUACUACACUCUGGAUCCCAAGGCGAAAUCGUUCAGGAAUAUCAAGGCGAGCGGAGAGCCCGUGAUCAAAUCUGUGGCAGAGUCUCCCUUUUUGUCGAAGCGGAGCAGCCCGCUGACUCUCGACGAUCUCUGGGAAAUGAAUGCGAUCAAAAGCCACUACCUCAAAGACUGGCACAAGGUCUUUGUUGACAACCAGUUGGACGUGAUCGUCGGCCAGGCCGCAGAAACGACUGCCGUGCCUCACGACACUUUUGGUAACGUGCCAUAUACGACCUUGCACAACUAUAUGGAUUACCCCGCUCUCGUCAUACCCUAUCUUCAAGCGGACAAGGAUGUUGAUGUAGAGGAUGGCUUCACCUCGUACAAACCCUACCGUGCUGAGGCAGUUGAUAAGGCUCCAAUCUCGAUCCAGGUGGCUGCUCGUACCCAUUUCGACGAAGAGCUGUUAGCGGCAGCCGCGACGAUCUCCGAAGUCUUGAGCAAAUAG